ACUGAGGAUUAUAAGUGAGUAAUAAUUUCAGUGUUUUUGUUUUAGCAGAGUGGGAUAGUCAUUUCCGGGUGUCGCUAGUCGCUGGUCCAAUGACUUAGCGUACAUCACUGAGAAAACGAUUCUCCUGCAACAAAAAGUUUUGGAGUACUUUUUGGACACCGGGGCGAGUUCAAGAGGAACUUGUGUAGACAGAGGAACAGCGGUGUAACUUAGAAAACAAAAAUGCUGAUCCAGUGUUAACGUGACCGAACACAAUUUAUGUAGGAAAACAGAAUGGAGUUCAAAGGAAUGUUGGAAAGUCAGGGGUAGCGCCAUUGUGUUUAGACGAGGAAGGCAUGUGAGGGAAAGGGAGUCUCUGACUUAAAUAAAUUACCAAACCGGCAGAGAUAGCACCUCAACCAAAAUUAAACCUAUGAGGCUUAACAUGGCAUGGAAAAGUUGGAUAUCUAACGAGUGUGGAAAACAUCUGCUUCUGCUCUUGUGGUUGGCUGUCAACGUGUGGCUAUUUUGGAAAACGUUCAUACUGUACUACAGUGGUCCACAAUAUUAUUAUCUGCACAGAAUGCUGGGGCUAGGAUUGUGUAUUAGCAGGGCCUCAGCAUCUGUCCUGAACCUCAACUGCAGUCUUGUGCUGCUGCCCGUGUGUCGAACUCUCCUGGCUUUCCUGCGAGGAUCACAGAAGGUAUCUAGCAGACAAGCCAGAAGGUUGUUGGAUAAAAGCAAAACAUUCCAUGCAGCAUGUGGUGUGACUAUAUGUAUCUUUUCAGUGGUCCAUGUUGCAGCCCACAUGGUGAACAUUCUGAAUUUCUCUGCGCGGUACAGUGAAGAUUUCCCUUCACUUAAUGUUGCUCACUACAGGGGGGAGGACCCUAGGUUAAUUAUCUUUACCACUGUUCCAGGAGUAACUGGUAUCCUCAUGGUAUUGAUACUUUUCUUAAUGUUUACGGCUUCAUCAUACUCCAUAAGAGUCUCUAACUAUGACAUUUUCUGGUACACCCAUAACCUCUUCAUUGUCUUCUACAUCCUGCUGCUGCUUCAUGUGGCUGGGGGUGCACUGAAAUAUCAGAGCAACGUUGAAGCCCACCGUCCUGGAUGCUUCAGUCCUAAUAAAACUCUCCAAGUGCAGAGUCUGAAACCGGAGCCCCUUCCUGCAUCUCACCUGGAAGAUUCCCGGGACGACUUCCUCAAACCACAGCCUCAUGUUGAAGACAACUUUGGCAAUGUCUGCAAAGAGGAGCCUCAUUUCAAAUCGCAUUUCCCUGAGGUCUGUAACUUACACAGAUGUAUAGGAGAAGUAUGA